AUGAUUAUUAAACCCUACACAGGUUUAAUACCUAGGCUAGCUUUAAAAUUGCAACGUUUGAAGUCUCUAGAUAAUAAUAACAUCGUUAAUAAAACAUGUUUUAUACGUUUUGUUACUAAUAGUAGCAAAUUUCAAAACCUCAAAACGCAGCAACCCCCAAGUCCAGUUACAAACAGCAAAACGAAAAAAAAAACAUACUUUGUUCCUGUUUCAAUUGGCAUUCUAAUUGGAAUUGCAUUAUCCAUCGGUAUUUUCAAAAAUGAAACAUCAAAUGUCAGCCUCCACCAAAUUUUUCCUUCCGACUCCACAACUCCUUUGGCCUCUUUGCAACCUCCGAAAUAUGGUUCAGAUGAUGAUUUGGAAAAGUGUAUAUUAGAGCUUGGCAAGAUUUUAACUAGGGAUCAAAUAACAAAUUCUAUCCCACAAAUUAUCUCACACAGCGACAAUGGCUACUGUCGGACAAAACCGUUACCUUCACAAAAGCCUAGAUAUAUUGUUUAUCCAACCUCCACUGAAGAAGUUUCUAAAAUUAUGAAAAUCGUCCAUAAAUAUUCCAUCCCGGUCGUACCCUACGGCGGUGGUACAUCUUUAGAGGGCCAUAUCUUCUCCACUAGGUCUGGUAUUGUUUUAGAUAUCAGUAGGAUGAAUAAAAUUUUAGAGGUUUAUCCAGAGGAUUUGGACGCUACUGUUCAAGCAGGUGUAGGUUGGCAACAAUUGAAUGAAUAUUUAGCUAAACAGGGAUUAGAAUCUUUGAAAUUGGGCUGUGAUUGUGGCCCUGGUGCCAAUAUUUGUGGUAUGAUCGCUACUAAUGCGUCUGGUAUUGGAGCUGUCAAAGGCGGUAGCAUGGUUCGUAAUGUCAUCUCAAUUACUGCUGUAUUAGCUGAUGGUACCAUUAUUAAAACCAAAAAUCGUCCUAGAAAAACGAGCGCUGGUUAUAACUUAAACGGACUGUUAGUUGGUAGCGAAGGUACUCUGGCCAUUGUCACCGAGUGUACUGUCAAACUGCAGGUUGUUGCUCCUGUGGAAACGGUUGCUGUGGCUCAGUUUCCGAGUGUUGUUGAUUGUACUAAAUGUGUUUCUGAACUUUUUAGAAAAGGGAUCGUUUUGGAUGCUGUCGAAUUAUUGGAUGACAAUAUGAUGAGAAUUAUUAACGAAAGCGGUCUAGUUACUAGAAAAUGGGGACAGUUUCCUACUUUGUUUUUCAAAAUUGGUGGGCUGAAUAAAACAGUUUUGAACGAAGUAGUUAAAGAAGUUACUGCUGUUUCUAAGAAAAAUAAUUGUAAGAACUUUGACUUUGCUAAAAACGAGGAUGAGCAAAAAGAAUUAUUUGAUGCAAGAAAAAAUGCCUUAUACAUUAUGCUGGCAUAUGCACAAACAAAUAUUCAUGAAGACGCCAAGAUGUGGAUUACCGAUGUAGCAGUUCCUUUGUCCAAGCUAGCUUCUGUUGUAAAAGAACUUCAAGAUAUUAUCAAAGAAUCGCCAUUUGAAGGAAUGGUUCUGGGACAUGUAGGUGAUGGUAAUUUGCAUGCUAAUUUAUUUUAUACACCAGACCAAGUAGAUAAAUGUCGUGAUAUAGCUCAUGAAAUGACUAAAGUUGGUAUUGCUAAUGAAGGUACCUGUACCGGUGAACAUGGUAUCGGAAACGGGAAAAGAGAUUUAUUGGAGUUAGAAGUUGGUCCGGAUACAAUUUCCACCAUGAGAAAAAUUAAGUUGGCAUUGGAUUCAAGAAGAAUUUUAAACCCCGAUAAAGUUUUUAAGAUUGAUCCAUUAGAUGAAAAUCCCUGA